ACCACAUCAAGCCAGACUGUCGCCGAGCAUGCAGGCUCCCGACUGGGACGACCCUCUGCCGCACGCACUGCAGCCAGCGCUGGCGUACCUCUCGCGCCCGACGCCUCGGACCCGCGCCGCCGUGGUGCUGCUGCACGGCCGCGGCGACAACGCGGCCGACUUUGCCGACGCCUUCCUGCCCGCGCUGCACCGCUGCUUCGGCGGCGCCGAGGAGCGCCUCGAGGAGGGCGACGAGGCAAGCUCAGACGUGGCUGUGAUCAGCCUCGCGGCCGCAGAUGGCAUCUGGUAUCCCGAGAGCCACAGCGUGACCAAACCUGAGCAGCUCGAGUACAACGGACCAUACGUGUACUCGUCGUUGCUGUGCCUGCAAAAGACGCUGGGCGAGCUGGCCGAGUGCGGCGUGCCGCCGACGCGCGUUGUCGUCGUCGGCUUCAGCCAAGGCGCCAACCUCGCCAACACGUACAUGCUCUGCGCCCUGCGCGAGCCCGACAACACCGAGGUGCUGCGGCCGGCCUACGUGCUCGCACUCGCAGGCACGCGUCUGGCCUCUCUGCCGCCCUUUCCUCGGCGCGCCGGCACCUUCACGGCCGAGGAAGCCCAGCGCAGCGCACCGCCAAGCAGCGCCGUGCCCGACGCGGAGCAUACCUUUGUGCGCCUGAUUUGCGGCGAGGGCGACCGGUACUUCAGGCCCGCCGAGAUCCACGCCGUCGCCGGCGAGCUGGCGCAGGCGGGCGUGCGCGUCAGCGUCGCCCUCGAGCCGGGCGUCGGCCACAUCGUCACGCCGCGCAUGGUGGCCGCCGUCAUUGAGGCGGCGCAGGAGCUGUGCGCCCAGCCGUGAGCCGCACACCACCACAGCGGGAUUGACAUGCGGCGUUUUUCAU